CACCGCGUCACUUGGUGUUAGGGAGCUGUCAGCUCUGCACACUUUGCUGUUCUCGUCCGUGCCGGUAAGCCGCGGCUCUCUUCGUUCCUCCAGCCUUUCCUAACUGGUGCUGUAGUUUUUUUUCCCAACCGAUAAUGCCGACCUACUACACACAGUCGAGCACCCGGCGCGGUGUGAGCUCGGGGUCGUCCCGGCGGAGCUGGGGUAUCGGCAGCGGCUCCGGCGCGCUGGUGCCGGUGGGCGGGGGCAGGUCGUCCUCGUCUCAGGUCACCACCAUGAAGAGUGCCGGUGGCGUCGGGGCCGCGGCCGGGGCCGGGUCAGCCAACGGAGGAGGCGCCGGCGUUCGCACCAGCAGCUUCUUCGCCAGCAGCAUCAACGUGGAAGACCUCCAGAACUCCCUGGGUUCUCUAGCGGAGUCCAAAAGCCUCCGAGUGGACGAGAAGCAACAGCUCAGCAGUCUCAACAACCGCCUGGUCGGCUUCAUGGGGAAGGUUCGCCAACUCGAGGACCAAAACAUGCAACUCAAAGCCAUGCUGGAACAGUCGAGUGGGGUUGAGGUGAAGUCGGGGCUACCGGAGCUAUGGGAACGGGAGAUGCAGGCCCUCCGACAGGAGCUGGAGGCCGCCAACCACGAGAGGACCCGCCUGGAGGUCCGCAUCGAGGGGUACGAGACGGAGAUCGGGCAGCUCAACAACAGGUUGGACAGUGCUGACCAGAUUAUCAAUGACUUGGAGGUCGAACUGGCAGCUGCGAGGAAGGACUGUGAUGACGCGACUGUGGUGAAGGUGGACAUGGAGUCUAAACUGGAGAUCAUGAAGACCGAGAUCGCCUUCCUGAAUGACUACCACGAGCAGCAAAUCCUGGAGCUGGAGGAGCAGCUGCGGCAGCGCAUGUCGGUGGUGCCGGCCGUGAUCGAGUCGGACCACACGUACGAGAUGCAGGAGGUGAUCGACAACCUGCGGGCGGAGUACGAGCAGACCAUCCGCCGCCACCAGCAGGAGGCCAAGGACUGGGCAGAGACUAAGAUUAAGAUCCAGAAGGACGACACCGUGAAGAUUGAGGGACUGAGGAGGGACGUGAUGGAGUGGAAGUCUAAGGCUACAACCGCUGAGAUGAAGAUCGCCAGCUACGAAGGCAUGCUGAAGUCUAUCCGGGAGCAGCUGCACGAACAGGAACUGCGUCACGAGAAGUCUCUGAACGCGAAACAGGACGCCAUCAGGGAGCUUCAGGGCAGCAUUUCCGAGAUCAAGGCCCGACUCACCGCUCAGCUGAGGGAGUACCAGGACCUGAUGAACGUCAAACUCAAACUGGACGCUGAGAUCGCCGCCUACCGGGAGCUGCUGGAAGUGGAGGAGGAGCGUUACAGCGCCAUGGAGUUCGCAUCACAGGAAGCAUCGCAAACCAAGACCGUGAGCAUCGAGGAAGUAGAGGAGCGACACAAGGCGGAGCUCGCCCGUCUGGAGGCUGACAUCGAGCGGUACAGGGCCGACAUCGCCAACCUGCAGGAGCAACUCAAGCUGAUCGAGACGCGUAACUCCAGCAGCUCCGCGGAGUUCAAGACCGAGAUUGACGGCUACAAGUCUCAGAUCCACGGCUACACCCUGGAGAUCGAAGGAUACAGGACUGAGAUCGCCAGUCUGCAGGACCGUCUCCGUGAGCUGGACGCCAGGCGGGAGCGGGAGGUCCAGGCCAAGGUAGACAUCAUCAACGGUCUGGAGGGGCAGAUCCGGGACCUUAGGACCGAGAUCCACAGCGUGCAGUCCUCGGUUCAGUCCUCGGCGGUGUUUGAGAAGCAGGUGGCCGGGCUGGAGAGCCGCAUCACCUCCCUGCAGGGCGAGAUCGACAGCAAGCUGGCCAUCAUCAGGGAGAGGGACACCAUGAUCGCCGACCUGCGGGCACAGAUCGCUCAGCUGAAACGCGACGUGGAUGCGGGCAAGCGUGAUGUCGAUGCCAAGUGGACACUGGAGAUCAACGAGAAGACCAAGAUCAUCAGCCGCAUGGAGUCUGACAUGGCGGCCCUGCGCCUGGAGCUGUCUGGCAAGGCAAAGGAAUAUCAGUCCCUGCUGGAGGCCAAGAUGAUGCUGGAGAAGACCCUCCGUGAGUCUGAGGACCGUCACAAGAAGGAGCUGCGCGGGAAGGAGGACUUCAUCCACGAGCUGGAGCGGGAGAAGAACGAGCAGAUCGUGAGGCUGGAGCUGGCGCUGAAGGAGCUGCGGGGACAGAUCGACGGGAAGGCGUCCGGCUACGACGAGCUCAACCGCGCCAAGCUGGCCCUGGAGAGGCAGCUGCAAGAGAUGGAGAGCAGGUACCAGAGGGAGCUGAGUGAGAAGACUAAGAUGAUCAGUAGUCUGGAGACGCGCGUCAGCACCACCUCCGUCAGCCAGUCUACCGAGCUGGAGGGUCGCUUCAAGGGCCAGAUCAGCAGUCUGGAGGCACAGCUGACCAGCCUCCGGGGCGAGCUGGCCGCCAUGACCCGGGAACGGGACAUGUACCUCCGGGAGAGGAACGAGCUGCGCGUGGCGCUGGAGUCCGUCACGUCCGAGAGGGACCUGUGCUUCCGCGAGCGGGCCGAGCUGAGGGCUAGUGCAGCAAGCAAGACCGUCGUUCAGGAGGUGAAGCAGACCGUUGUUGAGGAAGUGAAGGCAGUAGAGACCCCCGCCCCCCGAAGGUCAGGUGGCUUCAUCCGUAUGAACUUCUCAAAGAAGGACCUGAUGUCGAUCUUAGUCCAGUACAAGUUCUUCAUGACCUACAUGCUGAGCGGCGUGAGUCUGACUGAGCGCAGCGGAUCGCUAGUCUUGGAGCAGAAGGCUGCUGUUGUGAGCCAGAACCAGUUGUGGAACCUGGAGGAUAAGGUGAUCAUCAGCUCGUCCAGCGGCCUGGCUCUGGAGGUGAAGAGCGGCCGCUGUGAGCUGGGAGCCGAGGUGGUCCUGUCCCGCCGUACAGGAUCGAAGGCACAGAAGUGGGAUAUCGACUCAGAUGAGAUCAUCACGUCGGCCCUCGGUGACCUGAUCCUGGACCUUGUCGAUGGGAAACUCGUCCUGAACAAGCGUGGUGCGACCGGCAAGCGUCAGGACUGGAACCUACAGAUCUACCAGUAGUUGUGUGCCAGUCUAGAUAAUGUGAACCAGAUUUAGAACAAGGUCUUAAAGGCAUUCAAUGCUAUUCCAGGGUGGAAAAUUGGAUUAUCAAAGUCAAUGUUCUGGCCAUUCUUAUAGUGUAGGAAGUCGAAUUAACUUUAUCAUACGGCAUACUGAUAUAUCUGUGAGGCAAAAAUGUGAUGUCGCCGAAAGAAAACGGUUGCUUGUUUCGUAUCGCAGAGUAUUUAUGGGUGGCACCCAGAAAUAGAGGGACUCCUCACGUAGCUAGUGUUUUGGGUUAUUACAAAGGCUCCAAGUAUGGCAGUAAUUGUCAAUAUCGGACAGAUUUCCUCAUCCAGAAUAGUUUUUGUUUUUCCACCCUGAACACCCUGAAAUUGCAUUGGAUGCUUUUAUUGAUUCUGGCUACCUAUUUUUUCUCUAUUUUUUAAAAAGUAAUUUUAGAGUAAUAAUGAAAUAUAUAUCAUGGGCUUUGGUACUAGUAUUUAACAAUGGUUGUGAUCCGCUUGUUUAGUAAAAAAAAUGAAAAUUGUCGACGAACAAAAACAGAUUUAGUGUUGUUAACAAGGCCUAGCUAGGCAUGUGGUGUUUUGGGGGGUCAUACAAAAAUGUGAUAUUGUGUUUGCUUAUUUUUUGUCGAUGGUGAUCUAUUUACGUGGUGUAUUUACGCAUCCAU